GUUGUUUGAGGAGUUGCGUGAAGGUGUUUACAGUGUGCGGGGCUCCUGGAGGCGGCCUUCACUCCUCCCAGACAUUACAUAUUACCCGACUUGUGGCUACCUCUGCACCAUGGAAUCAGAGGAAGAAACGGGCUCAAGCCCUGCUGCAGCACAUGACUCUGAUAAUGAAUCUAUGAAAUCUGUUGCAUCCAGAACUUCACGGGCGUCACGAACCUCGAGGGUAUCUGCAUCAUCUAGGGCAUCACGAAGAUCAAGUGUCAGUAGUGCUGGAAAUAUGAGUGAAGACGAAGGUGACAGAAGGUCGGGUGGUGGAAGUGAUAAUGAAGUUGAGGAGAGGCGCUCUGUAAUGGAUAGUGAGGAUGAGGACAUACAGCCUCAGAAACCAAGUUCUGAAUCUCCUAAAAACCCUGCAACUGUUGAUGAACAGAAAGAGAAAGUAUCAGAAGAAGUGUUUGGGGCUUCAGAUUCAGAACCCGAGGCAGGGGGCAGCAAGUCAGGCAGCAGACCUGGCAGUCGUACACAAAGCAGAUCAGGCAGUAGAGCAGGCAGUGGGUCAAGGAGUAGAUCAAGGUCCAGGAGCAAGUCUGGAAGCAGGGCAGGAAGUGGAUCACAUAGUAGAUCUCGCUCACGUAGCAAAUCUGGUAGUAGAGCAGGAAGUGGCUCACACAGUCGCUCUAGAUCAAGAAGUAAAUCUGGAAGUAGAGCAGCAAGUGGAUCUCGCAGCAGGUCUCGCUCGCGCAGUAAAUCAGGUAGUCGAGCAGGCAGUGGUUCUCCUAGUCGUUCUCGAUCUCGUAGCAAGUCAGGAAGCAGAUCUCGAUCUAGAAGCAAAUCUGGGAGUAGAUCCAGAUCUCGCAGCAAAUCUGGGAGCAGAUCUCACUCCAGAAGUAAAUCACGAUCUAGAAGUAAGUCUGGAAGCAGGUCCCGCUCUCGAAGUAAAUCAGGAAGUAGAUCACGAUCUAGAAGUAAGUCAGGAAGUAGAUCGGGUUCCGGAAGUAGAUCUCGUUCGAGAAGCAAAUCUGGAAGUAGAUCACGUUCAAGAAGCAAGUCUGGAAGUAGGUCACGUUCUGGCAGCAGAUCACAAUCGAAAAGCAAAUCUAGAAGUAGAUCACGUUCAAGAAGCAAAUCUGGAAGUAGAUCCCGUUCUAGAAGCAGAUCUGGGAGUGGAUCUCGAUCUCGCAGCAGAUCUGGAAGUCGAGCAAGUGCCAAAAGUGGGAGCAGUCGUUCCAGAUCACGCUCCAGAUCAGGAAGUGGUUCAGAUGGAGUCAGUUCUCCCAAGAAACGCAAAAUGUUAUCCGGUUCAGAAGGGUCAGGAUCGGAUGUAGUGAAACGUAAAAAAGUCAAACAUAAGAAACGGGCAAGUGGAAGUGGGUCUGGCGGAGUCAGUGAUUCUGACGAUGAGGCUCCUCGUUCCAGUAAGAAAAUCAAGAAGCGCAAAAAGAAGUCUGUGCUUAGUGGAAGUGAUAGUGAUUCAGGUCCCGAGCGAGGCAAGAGUAAGAAGUCCAAAGGCAGUGAAAGCGAAGGUGGUUCUGACAAGGGUCCCGACAGACCUGGCAGUGCUCUGGCUGAAGAAAAUUUGGGGAAUGAAAAUGGUGAAGAAGGUGCAAGCAAAGGCGUGUCCCAAUUGUCGGACAGUGAAGAUGAAGCAAUACGUGAUCAACUAAGGCAAGGCAAUGAAGAACCAGACUUUGUCAAUGAUUUUGAUAUGAUGAUGGCCAAAAAGAAGGAAGAAGGGGGCAAGCAUCGAAGGAGGAAAAAUAAUGUGGAUAUCAUCAAUGACAAUGAGGAACACAUUGCUAUUAUUGUUAGGAAGAUGCGUCAAGCUGCAGAUGAGGAUCGCCAGUUAAAUGCCCAACGAAAGCCUGCCACUAAGAAGAUAGGAAUGUUAACUAUUGCGAUGACCCAGAUUAACAAACAUAAUCUCAUUGAGGGAUUCCUUGAUGCAAACAUAUUGUCUGCCCUGACAGACUGGCUGGCUCCUAUGCCUGAUCGCUCGCUUCCUGCGGCCAAAAUUCGAGAAGCCGUUAUUAGAUGGUUACUUCAGUUACCACCGCUGUCACAAGACAUGUUGAAGACUUCAGGUAUAGGUAAAGCUAUUAUGUAUCUCUACAAGCACCCAAAGGAACUCAAGCUGAAUCGGGAGCGCUGCGGCAGACUCAUAUCAAUGUGGUCGCGUCCGAUUUUCAACGUGUCAGAUGACUUCAAAACAUUAUCUAAAGAGGAGCGCUUGGAGAGGGACAUGGAGUUACAUCAGAAUUCAGGCGUCACCAAGAAAGAGGAAGUACAGUUAGAUGAAAAUGCGAAACCUAUACGUCCAGGUGAGGCGGGUUGGUGCUACAGAGCUCGUGUUCCACGCCCAUCAGGCAAAGAUUAUGUUAAUCGACCUAAAUGGCAAACAGAAGUGGACAUUAGUAGGUCAACCAAGAAGGAAAUGUCACGGAUGGAUAAACAGAUGAGGGCUUUCCAAGAGAGAAAACGAUUAUCUAAGGCCCGCCGGGCUGUUGCAAUGAGUAUUGAAGGCAGAAACAUGGCACUCUAAUUUGUUCUUGUGUUUACUCUCCUCGGGUCAAUUAGAAUACAUCAUACAACACAGUUAUGGACUCCUGUUAGGUACUGUCAUCAUCAUUUUAUAAAGCUGUAAGAAAAUCUUGUCACUAACCAUGGCUGAAAAAAAUUACUGAAUUCGGUAAGCCUCUGAGCAAAUAAUAUUCACUGGCUUGGGUCGAAAUAAAUUACUGUACCUGUAAUUGGUAAUGUACCUGUAUUAUUUUGUUUAAUAGACUAAUAAUUUCUGUUUAUUUUAAUUGGCCAAAUUUAUCGACAAGAUGUUGAAAUUAUUCAAAAUUAUUUAUGCUAAAUAAUUUUUACUAAAAUUUAUUUUUACUUGGCUUUUUUUUUUAAUUUUUGAAGAUGUCAUAGUGCACAAAUUACCUAAUAGGACCUGAAAACGUAUUAUGAUUUUGAAAGAAAUAAACACCAGUGUAAAGAAUGCUAGUUUAAUCUUUUAUAAAUGUGUGUGUGCAUGCCCACAUUCUUGCAUUUGUCAUAUUCAGCCUGUGCUCCUUGCACAUAUUCACCUUAUCCCUCGCAUGUAUUCACCUUAUUCCUUGCAAGUAUUCAUCUCAUCCCUUGCAAGUAUUUACCCUAUCUCUUGCAAGUAUUCAGCCUAUCCCUUGCAAGUAUUUACCCUAUCUCUUGCAAGUAUUCAGCCUAUCCCUUGCAAGUAUUCACCCUAUCUCUUGCAAGUAUUCACCCUAUCUCUUGCAAGUAUUUACCCUAUCUCUUGCAAGUAUUCAGCCUAUCUCUUGCAAGUAUUUAGCCUAUCCCUUGCAAGUAUUCAGCCUAUCCCUUGCAAGUAUUCACCCUAUCUCUUGCAAGUAUUUACCCUAUCUCUUGCAAGUAUUCAGCCUAUCUCUUGCAAGUAUUUAGCCUAUCCCUUGCAAGUAUUCUUCCCAUCUAUUGUAAGUAUUUAUCCCAUCCUUUGCAAAUAUUCACCCUAUCUCUUGGAGAUAUUCACCCUAUUCCUUGCAAGUAUUCAUUGAUUCAUCCCAUCCCUUGCAAGUAUUCACCCUAUCUCUUGCAAGUAUUCACCUUAUUCCUGGCAAGAAGUUGCCUUCAUCUUUUGUAAGUAUUGAGCUUGUAUGUCAUAGUUUAACAAUAUAGUAGGAGGAUAAGAUAAUGAUGGGGGAUUGUGUAUCGGAAAGCUGAUACCGACAUGACUUUUAAAGUUGAUUUAAUGGAAUGAUGUAAAUAUGUAUGUUGGUAUACCUUGAUUAAAUCUAUUUCCAUGCCUUUUAGAAGAAAAGUUGCAAAUAAAUAUGUACACAUACUGAGGGGCGCACAAAAUAUAUGAAGAAAACUAAA